CACUGACAUUCAGACGCCGACAAUGGAAGAAGCCCCAGAGCUGAUCAGCCCGAGGAUCUCAUUCUCCCACGACCUAGCCACCGUCGCCACGCCACCAGCCCUGCCCAGCCGCCGGUUGGACACGUCGUUGCUCGUGCCUCGCCUCCCCGAGCCGGAGUUCGACUUCGCCAACGCCAAUGCGGCCGCCGCCGACGUCGCCCCUGCCGACAGCCUCUUCGCCGACGGCAAGCUGCUGCCGGUGCCGCCGUUGCCGCUAGCUCCCAAACCCUACCCGUGCAUUAAGCAACAGUCAAGCAGCAGCCGGGUCAAGGCGCAGGCGUGCCAGCAGAAGCGGCGGCCGGGCUCUUGGGCGGCGUCCCCGUUUUCACGUAGCAGCAGCGUGAAUUCUGCCACCAAGACGACGGGCGCGCAGCUGUCCGCGGGGAGGUUCGGCUGCCCGUCGUUCCCGCUUAUGCGCAGCCGGUCAGCCGUGGCGCGGGAUGGGUUGGGCAGUAAUGUCUUCCCCGACUCCGGCCAUCGGCCGCAGAACAAGACAUUUAACUCUGCGGCUGUAGCUAGUAACGGUGGUGGCUCAAGAGUUUACUACUACGGAGGUAGUAGAAAAGGCAGCAGCCAUGGUGUUAGGGUUAGCCCAGUUCUUAACGUGCCAUUCAUUGGGACGAGUGUGGUGAAGGUGCUGAGCUACUUGUUCUGUGACUGUAGCAAUAAGAACAAGAAGAAUAGGGAGUUUUAG